AUGAGUGAGAGCUUAAAAGUGCCGCAAAGCGCUUCCCCGGUGGCAAGAUGGGGAGCUGGUGAUAUUUCAGAGAGGGAGCUGUCGCGUGAAAGGCAUAACCUAUACGCUACACCCACACGGCGCAUUCAACGAGUACCCCGUAAGCACGUUUGCUCAGCGACUGUCAACAAGUUUACCGGAAAGAGUUCAGCACCGAGUCCUAACCUCGCACGCAUCAAAAGCUGCCUUGACGAGUAUGCUACGCCUAAGCGGGCUAAGAUUGGGCCUAAGGCUGCCUCUAUGGAGGACCUCACACCGAAUAGACCCAAGCGAGACAGAAAGGACAGGUUGUCGGUGGUCCGUUCACCAGGAUUGCAUAAUGCGAGUGAACAGCAAGCGGCGGCAAGAAUUGGCCGAUUCAUGUUGGCUACCGCCUGGAGACGACGACGCGAAGAGGUUCGAUGUCUCAAGAAGACCUUGGAAUUUCAGGUGUGCUGUUCUGAACGCCUUCGUACUCAAGUCUGGGCUUUGAAGAGUUUGUUAGAUUCGGACAAUGUAAAGGUGCGCCUUGCAAUGCGUGAACUCGAUCGGUUGAAGCAGCUGCUAAAGGAGAAAGAAAUUGAAAAGGCUUUAUUGGCGAAGGAGAAAAUCGAGUUAGAACAAGAUGUGUGCGCAGCGGAAGAUCGAAUGUCGGAAAUAAGCAUUGGGUGGAGAAACACUCGCAACGAAUUAGAGUGCGCAAGAGCCGCUCGCGGUUCAGCCGAACAAUCGUUGGCGUUAGAGCGAGCCGCUGUAAUGGAUGCACAAGCGCAACGGGACCAUGCCUAUAGACGUAUAUCAGCCCUGGAGGAGGACCUUACACAACAUGAAUGUAUGCUCGCAACCUCCGAACAAGAAGCGAAAGCUCUUCGUCGAGAUGUGGAGGAAAGACAGAGACUUCUAGAUGAUACUUGCAAGCAGUUGAAGCUCGAAAUGCAGGCUCGCAAACGGAUAUCAGCUGAAUGCCGAGCCCUGAGCGAACAGAUGCUAGCCACGGCAGCUGAAAGUGCGGUGCUUGGAGACGAAUUGAGUGAAGUUCGCGCGCGUCUUACUCGCCUUGAACUUGAGCUUGCGACCACUCGUGAGCAGCUUAACUGGUGGCCGCGACCUCUUACGCGUAUGUUAGGAAUGGCUCGGUGUUGGCUUCGACAGCCAAUGUCGGUCCCUGAAGCUGUGAUGUGGUCAUUAGUACCUGCAAGGCAUGGCUGUUAA